GCCCAUUUCCGUCAACGAAAGACCGUUGAGAGUGCGGCGAAACCUACGGAAUGCGGGGCGUCGUGUGCGAUGAGGACGUGCGGGUAAGGGGGGAAAGCUCGAGCCUCCGAAGCAGCGAAAAUUUGAAUCCAGUCUUGAACUCCUCUGUCCGUCCCUCUCCCUCUCCCUCUCUCAGCCUCUCAGCCUCGUCUUCCCCUCUCCCUCCCUCUCUCCCGCCGGACUGCAGGCAAUUAGCAGUUCGCGAUUCAAAUCCACUGCGUUCAUGUCAUUUCUCGCCAUCUCUUAGCGAAUUUCGUUUCCACCUCUGCCCGAGACGUUAAAGACUGAAGUUAAUCGCCCGGCGCCUGCCCUCGCUUUCAUCGAUCGAAUUCGAUUUCUCUCCCUCUGUCUUUUUAUUUUUUACUUUUACUGUUGAGGAUUUGAACGAUUUGAGUUCCCGCUGCGCUGAGCUCUGGAUUCUGGCAUCAUCGAGCUCCGGCGAGGGACACGAGUGAGCGAGUGCCCGCGAGGAUGAGAGCGUAGGAGUGGGGCUAUUCUCAGCAAUUGCGUCUAAUCGCCGGUUCCUGGGGGUGGUUCGAGUCGGGGGCUCGAAUUUGUUGGAGGCUGAGAAACGAAUGCGAUUGCCCGCAAGUUCCUGUGUAGUAGAAGACUUGAAAACGUCGUGCUCACAAGGCCUCCCGAGCUAGGAUUCGCCAGAUCGAAGGUUGUCUCUGGUGUCCUUGGGAUUUUGCGUGCUUGCAAUCCUUGUACCUUUUGGAGGUUGACCGUUCACGGACUGUGGUUUACCCGUUUGGGCUUUGGUGUGGCGUGCCUGGAAAGGUUUUGGCACACAAGUGAACGUUUUGGCUGCUUAGUUCUAGUGGCCGGAGUAUGAUUGAUUGCGGCUUGGGGAUCCUCGAGGUCUAGGAUAAGUGGAUCGCCACUGGUGCAAAUAUGGAUGUCGAUGAUGAAAUUGUUGCAACCAUACCUCCGAAAACGUUAGGUAGGAGGAUCUCGGAGGAAUUGGGAAAAGAACCGAGGAGGAAGAGCCCAAGCGUGAGGGACAGUUUGGGAGAAGCUUACGUUAGGAAGGUCGCAGAUUGGCUGGAGGCAGGUGGGCCAAGGGGUUCAAUGGAAGAGAUGUACUCCUCCUUCAGUGAGGCCAAUGGCCACACCAAAUCAGAGAAUGAAAACGCCUCAGCGGAUAUGUUCGAUUCGACAAUGUACUUCGAUUCGACUCAAACCUGGGACGCUGCUGAGUAUGCCCUGAAAAAUGCCCAACACCCAGGGAAUGCGACCAACGGCCGAGUUAGGAGGAGAAGUGCUGAAGCCACUUAUGUUCGGAAUUCACGGAUGGCGGAAAAGAAAACUGAUUUGACUCAGAACUUCACCGAAGACUUGAGGUUCGAAGACCCUCUUGAUCAUCACGAUGAGAGUGAUAGCGUCGGAGAGGAACAGGACGAACCGGACAUUCCUUCUAUCUCUCAGCCAGGUAGCUCUGGAACUGAUGCGAUCGUCCAAAACCAAAUCUUAGAUAGGAGAAGCUCCAGCUCAAGCAUCCCAAGAUCCCCCAUUCCCGAGCUUUCCCCGAAUGCCCAAAAUCACCCAAUUGAUGUUGUGGAGAGUGAUUCUGAGUUGAUGACCGAAGAUUACAGUAGAAUUUUGACCAAGUUGUGCGUUCGAGUUUUCAAUGACGCGGAGGCCAUCAAGAAAAACCCAGGAGAGCUGGUGAUCGCUCUAAAUGCCGGAUCGCCCACACCGGCUUACUCUUCAAGUGGAAUUGAGUACCUUAAAGAUCAGAACUACGUAGGAGGCGAUGUCCUUAGAACCGAAGAAAAGAUUGGCGAAACAGCCGAGCAGGCUCUCUAUCAAACGGCGAGAUAUGGAAAUAUCUCCUACAAGUUUACCGACUUGCCCUGUGGAGAUUUUUAUGUCGAUCUCCACUUCGCGGAGAUUGUCUUCUCGAACGGACCGUCUGGCAUGCGUGUCUUUGAUGUCUACAUACAAGGAGAGAAGGUAAUUUCCGAUUUGGACGUUUACGGAGAAGUGGGGUCUAACAAGGCCCUCAUCCUCUGUGCUAAAACUUGCGUGGUCAACGGAUCUCUGAUAAUCUCCUUUGAGGGCGUCAUUGGCAAUCCCACUAUCAGUGCGAUAUGUGUCCGCAGGGCCCCAUAUUCCGGUACAAUCCAGGCGCCGAAGAGUAUUGCUAAGACAGAAGAAAAUGUUUAUGAAACUUCAGUAGAGCCAGUGGAGGUAGAACACAAGUCCCGGCGACAGCAGGUGAAGAGCAAGAACCGUGCAAAGACUGCAGAAUAUGAGGCCAAGUUGGAGGCUCUCAAGAACGAGUGUCAUGAGGCGUGGAUCUCUCUUCAGGACUCCAAUCGAAGCAUUGAGCGAUUGCAGAACGAGCUGGUCUCCAAGUCGGUCACCAUCGAUGCCCUGGCGAAUGUUGUCGAGACCCAGGAAGCUGAAAUGAAGGAACUGAAGGACAAAGCAGAGGGUGGUAUGCUGAGGUGGAAGACCGCUUUUGCCAAUCUGUUCCAUGAAAUGGAGGUUGUGAAGGCCAACUUUGUUAUCUUAGCGAGGGAGACUAAGGAUUGGAUAACUACUUUUCCUGAUACAACUGGCAUGACUAGUGCUGUGCAACUUUUAGUGAUGGAGCACGAGGAGCUGAGGAAGAAAUACGUCGAGGAAAGUCUUGAGAGGAGACAACUCUACAACAAGGUUCUCGAAUUGAAAGGGAAUAUCCGUGUCUUCUGCCGCUGCCGUCCGCUAAGCUCGUUCGAAGUUACCAAUGGGGCGUCAUCAGUUGUAGAGUUCGAUGCUGUGAAAGACAACGAGUUGAUCGUUCGCACUGGAAAUGCUUCCAAGAAAUUGUUUAAGUUUGAUCGAGUGUUUACUCCACAAGAUGAUCAAGGUGAGGUAUUCGCCAAUACAGCGCCAGUUGUCGUCUCAGUGUUAGAUGGCUACAACGUCUGCAUCUUUGCUUAUGGGCAAACAGGUACUGGGAAGACCUUUACCAUGGAGGGUACCACGGAUAACCGAGGUGUUAAUUACCGCACCCUUGAAGAGCUUUUCCAUGUGGCUGAGCUACGUAAGGCUCAGUUCAACUAUGAAAUCUGCGUCAGUGUAUUGGAGGUCUACAACGAGCAAAUUCGUGAUUUGCUGGCUCCAGCUCCAGAGCCGGACCAGGCCGUGAAGAAACUCGAGAUCAGACAAUUGGCUGAAGGAGGCCACCAUGUGCCAGGCCUUGUGGAAGCUCCAGUACAAACUAUGACACAAGUAUGGGAUGUACUUCAAGUUGGAAGUAGUGCGAGGGCAGUCGAGUCAACAAAUUCUAAUGAACACAGUAGUCGUUCUCAUUGCAUGCUUUGUGUGAUGGUCAAGGGCCAGAACUUGAUCACGGGGGAAUGUACUCGAAGCAAGUUAUGGCUUGUAGACUUGGCGGGAAGCGAGCGUGUCGCAAAGAGUGAUGUGAUAGGCGACCGUCUCCGUGAGGCGCAGAGCAUCAAUAAGUCUUUGUCUGCUUUGGGAGAUGUUAUCGCUGCUCUCACAACCAAGAGCAGUCAUAUUCCGUUCAGGAAUUCAAAAUUAACGCAUCUUUUGCAGGAUUCCCUUGGUGGAGAUUCCAAAACAUUAAUGUUUGUUCAAAUUAGUCCCAAUGAGGAUGACGUCGGAGAAUCGUUGUGUUCUCUCAACUUUGCUAGUAGGGUGAGAGGUGUGGAGCUUGGUCCCGCCCGAAAGCAGCUAGAUUCGAGCGAGCUCUUUAAGUACAAGCAACUGGCUGAGAGAGCAAAGCAAGAAGGACGAACGAAAGAGGAAGCUAUGAAGAAAGUUGAAGACAACCUCCGGAACACUGAGGUCAAACUCAAAAUUAAAGAGCACAUGUAUCAGGUGCUUGUUGAAAAGAUGAAGGAAAAGGAGAAAGCUGUGGCAGAUCUUGAAGCACAGCUUGCUGCAGAGAAAAAAGCCAGAUUAGCGGCUACAGCGGCGUUGAAAGAGAAGGGAUCCCAACAUCUUGAAAAGGUUCCCAUCAAGGAGGUCAAGGUGCCAACCGAGCGAGUGCCCGAGCGUCGUCCUCUCCUAGAAAAGGUACAAGAGUUUUCAGAGCCGGGUUCGAGAGGAGGUAUGGGGAGUCCUCGAGUUGCAGCGAGUCCCCGCUUUUCAGCUGCCCCUGUGAGAGAGCCGGUUGAAAAGGAGAAGCCCCACAAUGAGAACGCGGACCCCCAACACACAGAAGCUGCUGAAGAGGUACCGCCAAUCAAGCCUGCCAGAACGAAGGUGGUUCCCUCAAGAUAUAACUCUCCCACAAUUGGGCGGAAAAUUCUGCGGAAGCCCAUGCGAGCUUCGAUAGCUUCUACCUACACGAUUAAUCCAGUGACUCUGACGUCCUCCUUCUCGUCAGACGAGUCUGGUCCCGACGGUGCGAAGGAAAAUGCCAGAUUCGGCAACGAUGCAGGAGAAAUGCAUAGCUCAGCUACACAUCCCCAAAAUGGUUCUGCCAGUACGACAGUUGCAUCUGCUGCUCCUCAACGGCGUGCUGUUCAUUUUGCAUCUCCUGUUUUCCAAAAGGAGAAGAUGGGAGAAUCGAAGCAUAAAGAAGCGCAGCAGCAGUCACAACCCAUGCAUUCUGCAAACGUCUCCGAAAGAAGUAUGAGUUUAGGAGGUGCUUCAGAUGCUAAGAAAUUGGGUGUAGGGAAGCUUCGCAGAGUAAGUAUAGCAAGGACCUUCGGACGUUUCCCACCGGGCGCCGUAGGAGGGGCACAACGUGUUUUGAGCACCGCUGCUGCUAUACCCAAAGGUGGGACUACAGUUUCUCAACUUCCGAAAGAGAGAAGGUGGAACAAGUAACUUCACUGUGAAUGAUCCCAAGGGAAGUUGAUUUUUGGAGCUUUCCGUUACACUCCGAAUAUAUAUCUUGAUAGCUGCAGAUGUCUGGAGGAUUCUAUUUUGUCAUUCACUUAGCUUCAUAGCUAGGUCAUUACUUAGGUUAGAUCAUCGAUGAUUCUUGCAGGACUGAUUCCUUUUUUGAGAGCACAUUGAAGAGAAUCGCCAGACCAGCCGACUGCUUUUCCUAUACAGGAAAAACGGCAGCAGACUAACUCUGGACGUGAGCGUCAAGUCGCCAAUUCUAAGGUGUUGAUGAGCGCUGUGAGGAGUUGGAACACAUGUGCUGCGAUAAAGUAGCAGCAAUCCAUACUGGACCGCAAGGAGAAGAGAAGGGAGCAUUCUACUCUCAAAAGCUAGUUUUGAUUCCACCUAUUUAAGGAAAUGUGAACAUAUAUACUACCACAUUGUAUACUGCUAAACAUCAUGGUAAGUUAAAGAGUGAUCUUUGAUCACAUACCAUGGAAUGAUAUAAUGCAUUUUCACACUGGAGUGCUGAAGCAGAUGAUACAACCUUCUUAUAAACUAUUCUAGGCAUAAACAUGUAACCAC